AAGUAAGAAAACGAAACGUAAACAAAAUGCCAAAGUGAAAUUAUUAAAUACGGACAACGGCAAAUACACUCUCCAUACUGGGUUUUCUGCUUUUGUAGAUCUUCUUCCUUUGAGUGAGAAAUAAAAAUAUUUGCAAGUUUUAGAGAGAGAGUGAUAAUCAAGAAUCCGAGGAUGCCUCGCAGUACAUUGGUCGGUGGGUUUUCUUCGCCGAGAGUGGAUUUGAUUGUUGAUAUGGGCAACCCUUUUCUGAAUGCCACUCUUGAUGGUUUCUUGAAGAUCGGCACUGUUGCUGCUGGAAAAGUAGUUGCAGAAGAAGUAUACGGUGUUGUUAAACGAGGGAGUAUUUCGAGCAACAACUUUGAGAAAUCGCUCAAGAAAAUGUGUAAAGAAGGCGCAUAUUGGGGCACAGUAGCUGGAGUUUAUGUUGGAUUUGAGUACGGAGUAGAAAGAGUCCGCGGAACCAGAGACUGGAAGAAUGCAAUGAUUGGAGGCGCAUUAACCGGAGCGGUUGUAUCGGCAGCUUGUAACAGAAACAGAGACAAGAUUGUAAUGGAUGCCAUUGCCGGAGGUGCUAUUGCUACUGCUUCUGAGUUCCUGAACUAUCUCACCUGAAACAACCACUCGUCGAAUAAAAAUAAAAUAAAAUGAUAUUAUAUAUGCUUUAAUUUUAUUUAAAUCUGGCCAACGAGCAUUGCGUGUAUUAUUUUUGCAUACAAUGUGCUAUUUUGGAGUAAUAAGAAAAUUUCGCACUCUUUCGGGCGUGUCGAAUUCAUUUGAGC